CCGUGGACUUCGAAAGAAGAACUCAGAAAGGUAGUCUACCAAGCAAUUUCAACAGCGUCAAAUAUAUACGCUGAAGAUUUUGCUUAUCUAGAAAAACUUGGACAAAUACCCCCUCAAGUGAGUUUUUACAAAUAUGAACUAAAAACAACAUAG